AUGGACGCCAGGGCGCAUCAUAGGACCGACGGCGGCGGCGAUACGUCGAGGUGCGCGCGCGUCGACCGCCGCAGAUCUCGCCGCGGCGCCGCGCCGUCUUCUCGCGCGGUUCGAACGUUCCGCGUCGCCCAUCUUUCGAGAUACACACAUCGCUCGCUCCGCCGCGUCCGCCACCGCGCUCCCCGCGCUCGUCGCUCCCUCCGCGCCGCAUCGCUGACGUCCCAGCGAUCCACCGCCGGCCCUCGCGCUCUUCCGCUCGCGCGCAGGGACAUCGAGAUACCGAGCGCGAGCGCGUCGCCGAAUCCGAACUUGCGCCGAACGACGAGCGGUCUGCGAGGCGCGGACGACGCGAGCGACUCGAGCGGCGACGGCGGGUACGUCGACGGCCGCCGCAGCUUCUUCAAGAAGAAGACCGCGACCGCGGACCCGCUGCGCUCGGUCGAGGAGGGGUACUACCGCGCCCCGGACGGCGGGCGCGCGCGGAGCAAGAGCCCGAAGGCGCGGUCGCGGCAGCCGACCAUCGCCUUCUCGAGCGUCGGCGGCGGCACGGUCGUGUCCACCCUGGACGACACCCUAGGGUGCCGGUGCAGCUUCCACCUGCCGUCGAACGUGCAGAUCUUCCGCAUGUUCGCGUGCAUGAUCGUGGGCAUCCUGCUCGUGAAGGUGUCGUUCGCGCCGGGCGACCGAGGGUUCACUCGGCGGGGGAACCGGCACUCCGGGAUCCGGAACUUUGACCUGCGCCAGCUGUACGAAAAGUCCGACCUCGCGUCCACGCAGGCGAACUUCGGGACGGUGCGCUUGGGGGACGUGCGGCUCGGCGGCGACGCCGCCAGAGGCGGGGCCCGCGACGCGAGGAGAGGCGGGAACGGCGCGGAAUACGGAACGUCGACCGACGGAGACGACGCGGCUUUCGGCGCCGCGCCGACGCCGCUGAAAAUCUCGCGCAUCGUCCACCAGACGUACAAGUCCAAAGACGUCCCGGAGCGAAUGAAGCCGUUCAUGGAGACGUGGAGAGCGAUGAACCCGGGGUGGGAGAUGCGAUUCUACGACGACGAAGGCUGCACGGAGUUUGUGAAGCGAGAGUUUCCGGAGUACUACGACGCGUACGCGGGGCUGCCGAAGCACGUGGAGCGGUCGGAUUUUUUUCGGUACCUCGUCGUCCUGCGCGAAGGCGGCGUCUACGCGGACAUAGACACGUCGUGCGAGAAACCGCUCGACUCGUUCAUCAACGCGAACGACACGCUCGUCGUCGGGUGGGAGAACGAGUUCGACACGGACGAGAUGGCGUACAGCCGGCACUUUGUGCGGAGACGGCAGGUCCUGAACUGGGCGUUCGCCGGCGCCGCGGGGCACCCGGCGCUGAGAGAGACGUGCGAUCACGUCAACGAAAACUACCAGCGGAUUUUCACGAACAACACGAACCGGGACACGCUCGAGCGCACGGGCCCGGGCGCGUUCACGGAUUACGUCAUGAAGAGCUUUUGGCGGCACAGCCCGGCGAACCGGGACGCCGCGGGGUCGGUCGCGGGGAUGGUCCCUUGGGGGUACCGCGGACGAGAGACCGAGGCGUUAGGCCGGCCGGACGCCUCGAAGUCGCCGUGGAACGUGCGCGUCUUGUCCAAGGUCGCGUUCGGGACGCACCCGACCGGGGAGGACGGCGUGUCGCAGGACGACCCGGGCGUUCUCAUCGCGCAUCACUACCUCGGGUCGUGGAAAUCGAAACAAGGAUGGACCGCGCAUAAAAAAGGCAUCGUCGGGCACGUCAAGCUGUUCGUCAACGCGAUGAAAAAAGACAAGCAAGACCUCGUGAACUUCCGCGCGGAGCUCUCGCGCUUGGACGAAAACUACGCGAUGCCGGACGUGAACCCGAACGCGGCGUACCCGGUCUCCGCGGCGUGGGAACCGCCGUUCGACGUCUUGACGCCGCUGCUCGGCUCCGACGCGUCGACGUCGACGCGGUCGACGCUCGAAUCCGGCGCCGCGGUGACCGCGCGAGGGCGGUGGCAAGCCGGGGUUUGGGACCCACGGGAGCCCACGAGCGCGGAUGCGCUCGUCGGGUCGCUCGCCGCGCACGACUCGAACGCGGUCUUGGUGGACGUCGGCGCGGGGAUCGGGUUCUUCUCCCUCGCCGCCGCCGCGCGAGGACGACGCGCGCUCGCGUUCGAGUCCGCCGCCGCCGCGGCGUCGCUCGUGGCCGCGUCCAUCGCGCACAACGACUUCGGCCACCUCGUGCGCCUGGACGAGACGCGCGUCGGGGGGAAGGGGGAGGCGUACUGCGAGGCGCUCUUAAAGCGAGCGAAGAGGGCGGCGAAGAAGAAGGGGACGGACGCGACCCCGGCGACGACGGCGACGGAGGAGGCGCUGCGUCUCGCCGCGGCGGCGAGGCGGACGGCGACGGCGACGGAAGCGGAUACGGAAGCGGAUACGGGGACGGGGACGGGGACGGGGACGGAGACGAGACGCUUCCCCUUCCCCGCGACGAACGACGCGUUCCGCUGCGAGCUCGCGGUCGAGGCGGGGACCAAACCACUGGACGACUUGAUCCCGCGCGACGUCGACGUCGCGGCGAUGCGCGUCGCGUCCGACGGCUGGGAGACGCACGUCCUCGAGGGCGCGCGGCGGCUGCUCGCCGAGCGCCCGCCGCCGAUCGUGCUGCUCGAGCUCACGCCUCGCAGGACGCGCGGGGCGUCGAGGGACGCGCUCGCGGACGCGCGCGCGACGUUGGAGUGGAUGUUUUCGUUGGGGUACGACGACGUCGCGCACUCGGGCGCGGCGUGCGACGAGCGGUGGGAGAACAUGACGAACUUCGUGAACAAUCGCGGCGGGUUGGGGAUGGAGACCGCGGAGACGAUGAAGCAGCCGACGUGGUGUCACGUCUCGCGCGCGGACAUCCCCGCGAUCGUCGAGCGCGCGGACGAGGAUAAGCCGGAGAGCAUCUUGUUUCAUCACAAGCGCGAGGCGGAGCGAAGAAAAAACGCGCCCCCGCGCGCGGAGGCGAGGACGGCGCCCGCGCCCGCGGCUCGGACGGAGGCGGCGGACGUUGAGGACUCGACCUCGACAUCCUCGAAGGAAAGCGACGUCGUCGACGCCACCGAUGAGAUCGCCGCCGACGCCGACGCCGACGGCGUGGACUUCAGCGACUUCGACGACGUCGAAGGCGUCGUAGGGGAAACCGUCGACGUCGAGGACGCCGGAGAAGAAGACGUCCCGGAGACGCCGAGGGUUCGUCGGGUUCAUUAGAUGACCUUAACCUUAUCUUAAUAUGAACAAUCGAAAGAAAAACUACAUGUGCACCCCGGUGACUUAACGCGAAUGAAUCGAUUCGCUUACUUCCCCUUUUUGCUCAGAACCGGCUUGAUCGGCGCGGCCUUCUUGGGCGACUUCGCCGUCGCCGUUCCGCCCUUCGCCGCCGGCGCUGGCGCCGACGGCGUCGCCGCCUUCCCUCCCCUCGCCUUCGGGACCGGCGCCUUCGGUUCAGGCAUCUUCAUCGUCGGAGACUUGUUCAGCUGCAUCUUCUUAAUCUGCAAUUCCUUCUUCUUCUGCGCCUCCGCGCGUUUCUUCUCAGCCUUCGUCAUCGCCUUCUUCGCCUCUGCCUCCUUCGGGGGCAAACCUUGCCGCUUCCGCAUCACCUCCUCCGCGGCGCGUUGCCGUGCUUCCCUAUCCGCCACCGCCUUGGCCUUCUCCGCGCGCAUCUUCUCCGCGAGCUCCUGCUUUUUCUUCGCCUCGUACGCCGCCAACUGCGAUUUCUUCUCCUCUCUCUCCCGCGCCUCCUCCGCCGCCUUCUCCGCCGCCUUGGCGCGUUUCUUCUCCAGCGCCGCUUUUUUCUUCGCCUUCUCCUCCCGCUCCGUCUCCGCCUUCUUCGCCUUGAUCUGCUCCAUCUCCGCCUUGACCUUAGCGUUGUGCGCGUUGAUCUUCGCUUCUUUCCGCUUGAUCGCCGCGAGCUCCUCGGC